AUGUCGACGCCCGCAGACCCCGGAAGCAACCCCGGCGCACCGCAGAACGGGCCCCUGCCCAUGCACGUGGACGAGCGCGAGCUCCCUGCCGAAAUCGCGGCCAAAAACGAGCCGCUCAGCGACCAGCAACAGCCGCCGUCGGAAACGGCGUCGGAUUUGCCCUCCGAGCCCGCCAAGGACGAGCCCGAGCACGUGGACUUGGAGAAGGCACGUGCCGAGUUCCAGGAAAAAGCCCGCACGUAUUUGAUCGAGCAGUCGCGCCACGUGGUGGUGCCGUCGUUUGCGCAGUGGUUCGACAUGAACGAGAUCCACGCCAUUGAGCGCAAGCUGUUCCCGGACUUUUUCCCGGAGACGGCGGCGCCAGCGGACGAAGUGCCGGUGCCGGCGUCCGUGUACAAAACCGCGGAGACGUACCGCAACAUGCGCGACUUCAUCAUCAACACGUACCGCAUCAACCCGGUGGAGUACUUGACCGUGACCGCGGUGCGGCGCAACUUGGCUGGCGACGUGGCGUCCGUGAUCCGCGUGCACCGCUUCCUUGAGAAGUGGGGCUUGAUCAACUACCAGAUCGACCCGCGCACCAAGCCCUCGCUCGUGGGCCCGCAGUACACGGGCCACUUCCAGAUCACCUUGGACACGCCCAAGGGCUUGACGCCUUUUGUGCCCGAGGAGGUGGCCGUGAAAACAGCGCCCGAGGCGGCCGUGCUGGCGCCGGCGGCCGCGGCGCCCGCGCCCAAGAGCGAGCCCGAGGACACCGCCACCAUCCCAUUGAACAUCGACAUCACGCGAAACAUCUUUGACGAGGCCUCGGCCGCGAAGACCCCGGCCUCGGUCACGUACCUCUGCAACGAGACCGCCAACGACGUCUCGGACGUGCGCUACCACAACUUGAAGAGCAAGGCGCUGGUGGGCGGCAGCAUCGGGCCCCUGGUCAUCAGCAAGGAGUGCUACGAGCAGGGCCUCUUCCCGCUGAACUUCUCCUCGUCCGACUUUGUCAAGUUGGAGGGCGCCGCGAAGCAGUGCGAGUGGUCGCGCCAGGAGCUCUUGUUGCUCUUGGAGGGCAUCGAGAUGUUCGGCAGCAUCGAGAACAACCCGCAGUCGCUCUUUGUCAACAGCAACGGGCAGUGGGACAAGAUCAGCGAGCACGUGGCGUCCAAGACCAGGGAGGAGUGUUUGGUCAAGUUCUUGCACUUGCCCAUCGAGGACAGGUACUUGCAGAAGUUGGUGCGCGGCGAGGAGAAGGACGGGCUUGACGAGGGUUUCGACAAGGACACGAUCAUCCAGCAGGUGGUGGCCAAGUUGAUCGAGUCGCCCAAGGGCCAGGAGGCGGUUGCCGCCAACGGGCAGAAAAACUUGCAGGAGAGCAUUCUCGAUCAGACCAACUUGGUGAACCAGGUCAUCGGAUUGACCUUGGAGAAGUUCGAGGCCAAGAUGAAGCACAUUGACCAGCUAGAAAAGGACUUGGCGCAGACCGAAACCCUCUUGAACUCGCAGCGCAAGCAGGUGCUCGUGGAGCGCUGGUUGAACUUCGAGAAGUUGAGCCAGUUCAAGCAAAAGAACACAAAUCCCGAGUUGGUGCCCUUGCUCGACGACUUGUUGACGCCUGUCAGCAUGAGCGAGAUCAACGCCAACUUAAACAAAACCCACACCGACGUGGGCGAGACCACCGUCUUGCAGACAAGCGAGGAGUCGAAGGAAGAGACCUUGCCGGUAAGCUUGACCGCGCCCAAGGCGUACCAGUUCUGGUCGGCCUGA